UCUCUGUCGGAAGUUCUGCGACUUCAGCGUUUUGGAGAUCUGGAUGGUACUCGGUGAAAGGAUGGGCUGUGAUUGGCUGACCUCGCCGAAGAAGCCAUAGCUCCCCUCCGCUUUCUGUGAUCUCAACAGUCCAUCCCACUUCUUAUCCGGUAUAUAAGGGCGCUCGUCUGGCAAUUCCUUUCAGAUUUCGAUCUGAACUUAACUGCAUCUUGAGCUUCUUUUGUACCUCAUUCUCCCCAGAUUCAAUCUCGUCAGUCCGGCCGAGCGACCGCUUCUGUAGCUCAGGAAAGCUCUUAUCAUCUCCGCUCUUAUCGGGAAUCCCUCAAUCAAGGGUUCUCCCACCACCGGUGCACCCUCCCUCUCCUGAUCCUAAAAGUUUCCCUUUGAAUUCACACAAUGGCUGCUGUAUUCCGCUCCAGCCUUAAGCUGCGAGCAUCUGCUCGUCUGCCGGCUGUUCGCACCAUCACCACCACCCCGCACCUGCGAGCUGCGGAGAAGCCUUACUUCCCCAAUGAGCCUGCUGGCCCCAAGUUGGCCACCGCCAUUCCUGGCCCAAAGAACAAGGCAGCUGCCGAAGAGCUUAAUGAGGUGUUCGAUGUCCGUAGCUUGAACAUGCUCGCGGAUUACUCCAAGUCCGUCGGAAACUAUAUCGCCGACCUUGACGGAAACGUUCUUCUCGAUGUCUAUGCUCAAAUUGCUUCUAUCCCUGUCGGUUACAACAACCCCCACCUCCAAAAGGUGGCCGCUUCAUCUGAGAUGGCGACCUCCUUGAUCAACAGACCAGCCCUCGGCAACUUCCCCUCUGCAGAUUGGUCUCACGUCUUGAAGACUGGUAUACUCAAGGCUGCUCCCAAGGGCUUGGACCAGGUAUUCACCGCCAUGGCUGGCUCUGACGCCAACGAGACUGCUUAUAAGGCCGCCUUCAUGUACUACCGUCAGCUGCAGCGUGGUGGUCCCGAGAAGGAGUUCACCGAGGAAGAGAUUCAGUCGACCAUGGUGAACCAGAGCCCUGGAUCUCCUCAGUUGUCUAUCAUGUCUUUCAAGGCUGGCUUCCACGGUCGCCUCUUCGGUAGUUUGUCUACCACUCGCAGCAAGCCCAUCCACAAGCUUGACAUCCCUGCGUUUGACUGGCCUCAGGCCCCCUUCCCAUCUCUCAAGUAUCCUCUUGAGGAGCACGCUCGCGAGAAUGCUGAGGAGGAGCAGCGCUGCCUCCAGGAAGCUGAGCGCCUACUCAAGGAAUGGCACAACCCCGUCGCUGCCAUCAUUGUGGAGCCAAUCCAGUCUGAGGGUGGUGACAACCACGCUUCCCCUGCCUUCUUCCGUGGCCUCCGUGAGAUCACCAAGCGCAACAACGUCCUCUUCAUUGUCGAUGAAGUCCAGACUGGUGUCGGUGCCACUGGAAAACUCUGGGCUCACGACCACUGGAACCUUGAGACUCCUCCUGACAUGGUCACCUUCUCCAAGAAGGCCCAGACUGCUGGUUACUACUUCGGUAACCCUGCCCUGCGUCCCAACAAGCCCUACCGCCAGUUCAACACCUGGAUGGGUGACCCCUCCCGCGCUCUCAUCUUCCGUGGCAUCAUCGAGGAGAUUGAGCGUCUGUCCCUCGUCGAAAACACUGCCGCAACUGGUGACUACCUUUUCUCUGGCCUUGAGCGCCUUGCGAAGCAGUACCCUGAGCACCUGCAGAACCUUCGUGGCAAGGGCCAGGGUACGUUCAUUGCCUGGGAUACUCCUAAGCGUGAUGAGUUCCUUGCGAAGGGCAAGGGUGCUGGUAUCAACAUUGGUGGAAGCGGCCAGAGCGCCGUCCGCCUACGACCCAUGCUGAUCUUCCAGAAGCACCAUGCUGAUAUCCUCCUUGAGAGCGUCGAGAAGAUUAUCAAGCAGCUGUAGGGUAACUCUACAGUGGUGAUCCCAUGCUAGUUGUGCAUCGUUUAUUAUUUGGCGUUUAUAAUGGUAAUCCGGAGCAGGCUUCGCAAAUUAUUUUUUGCAUAUUUAUGACAGUUAUAUAUGAGUUUAUGCCAAACAUUCCGAGAAUCCUAUAGUAGUAUACCAAAAUAUAUCAAAAAGUUUGGCUUCACGAGAUAGCUCGCGUUGGAUGAAAUAAAACGUAGAAACACAAAAACUCCCGCGUGAAGAAAUAGCCAGCUCCCAACAAGUCCGUAAACUCCAAUUGUGUGCAAUUAUCAGAGACAGAGAAAGAAAGGGUAUGUAUCUCUUGUAUUCUCUGAUCCCCGAGCAGGGGAGAAAAAAAAAAAAAGGGAAUCUAAGCCGUUACCGUGUAUGCCUCGCUUUCCCACAUAACG